AUGAAUCAGCGAAAGUUAGUAAGCACCAAAGAGAGAACUGAGAAGCAAUUAAGACGAAGUGAAGAAAGCAAGCGCGUUGUCACUGUACUUAGAGGAACUAUACUAGAGAAUUUUGAUGGCACUAAAUUAUUACCUAACAUUCAAGAAGAUGAUGUAGAGGAAACAACACAAGACGACUCGUGGCUCAACAGUCAUAGUAUUAUAGAUCUCUCUCAA